UCUCGUUUCUUCACAUCCAUCCAUAUCAACUCCUCUCCCUACCCAACCCAUACCUACUUGCCCUUUCCCUCUCAUACACGCACUUUAAAGCCAUUCAACCUUCACCCUCUCUUCUUCUUCAUUAUUCUUCAAUGGAGUCCUCUGCAACUCUCUCUAUCAAAGCCUCUUCUUCUUCUUCUUCUUCUUCUAUCUUUUCUCUAUCUCAAAACCCUUCUCCAAGACGCCGUCUUUUCUCCUACAAAACCGCUAAAUGUCCGUCCUUUUUCUUUAAAUCAAUCAAAUGUAGCGUUCACUCGAAUAAUCCUAAACGCAGUUCUCCUGAUCUUUUUUCUUGCUCUGCUAUUACUUCUUCUUCUUCUUCUUCAUCACCCACUUCUGAGCUUGUGGCUGUUAAGCUUCAAAACCUGAUCACUGAAUUCCAAUCCUUUCCCGAAUCAGUUGAUCGUUUAAAACGUGUCCUUCACUAUGCCUCCACCAUCCCUCCUUUUCCGGACUCUUCUCGGGUCGACUCUAACCGGGUCAUGGGUUGCACUUCUCGAGUCUGGCUCGACGCCCAGUUGGAUAAUUAUGGGAAGAUGAGAUUUUUAGCUGACAGUGAUUCUGACGUUACUAGAGGAUUCUGUGCAUGUUUGUUGUCUGUGCUUGAUGGGGCGGCUCCGGAGGAGGUUUUGAGUGUUACUACGGAGGAUUUAGCGGCGUUGAAUGUUGGGUUGCCUGGUGGUGAAAGGUCCAGAGUGAAUACGUGGCAUAAUGUGUUAGUUAGUAUGCAAAAGAGGACUAAAAAAUUGGUCGCUGAAAGAGAAGGAAAACAGCCUUUUGAUCCCUUCCCUUCUUUGAUUAUCAAUUCUGAGGGCAUUCAGGCUAAAGGAAGCUAUGCAGAAGCUCAGGCAAGAUUCUUGUCACCGGAUGAGUCGAAGAUUCAACAACUGGUUGAUGUGUUAAAGGAAAAGAAUAUUGGUGUUGUUGCUCAUUUUUAUAUGGAUCCUGAAGUUCAAGGUGUUUUGACUGCUGCUCAGAAGCAGUGGCCACAUAUCCAAAUUUCUGAUUCAUUGGUUAUGGCUGAUAAGGCUGUGAAGAUGGCUCAAGCUGGAUGCAAAUAUAUAACAGUCUUGGGUGUUGAUUUUAUGUCUGAAAAUGUUCGUGCAAUUCUUGAUCAGGCUGGCUUUGGAGAGGUUGGUGUUUAUAGAAUGUCAAAUGAGCGAAUUGGUUGUUCUCUAGCAGAUGCUGCAUCCAGCCCUGAUUAUAUGAGUUAUCUUGAGGCAGCUUCAGGGUCUACUAAUUCCUUGCAUGUUGUCUACAUUAAUACCUCACUUGAGACGAAAGCUUUCGCUCAUGAAAUUGUGCCUACAGUCACCUGUACUUCUUCUAAUGUUGUGCAGACUAUCCUGCAGGCUUAUGCUCAAAUUCCAGAUCUAAAUGUAUGGUAUGGGCCUGAUUCUUACAUGGGUGCCAAUAUUGCAAAACUGUUUCAACAAAUGACAAUGAUGACUGAUGAUGAAAUUGCUGAGGUACAUCCAGCACAUAGUAGAGAGUCCAUCAAAGCAGUGCUACCUCGCUUGCAUUAUUAUCAGGAUGGAACAUGUAUUGUUCAUCAUCUUUUCGGACAUGAAGUUGUGGAGAAGAUAAACGAGAUGUAUUGUGAUGCUUUCCUAACUGCUCAUCUUGAAGUCCCUGGAGAAAUGUUUUCUUUGGCCAUGGAAGCAAAGAGGAGAGGAAUGGGGGUAGUCGGUUCCACCCAGAAUAUCUUAGAUUUCAUAAAGCAUAGAGUUCAAGAGGCACUGGAUAGAAAUGUCGAUGAUCACCUCCAAUUUGUGUUGGGGACGGAAUCAGGAAUGAUCACUGCAAUUGUCGCAGCAGUUCAGCAGUUAUUCAGAUCCGCAAAGUCUUCUGGAGAAGCUAAAAUUAAUGUUGAAAUUGUCUUCCCAGUCUCGACAGACUCAAUAACAAAAACACCGCCGUCUCCAGGUGUAGAAUCAGGGAAAGCAGGGGAGUUCGAGUUACCUGUUGUACCUGGAGUUGCAAGUGGGGAGGGAUGUUCUAUUCACGGGGGCUGUGCGUCGUGUCCAUAUAUGAAGAUGAAUUCUCUUAAUGCUCUUCUAAAAGUUUGCCAGCACCUGCCUGAUGAGGAAAAUAUAAUUGCUGCCUACAAAGCUGAUCGAUAUAAACGGCAAACACCAAGUGGAAAAUCAAUUGCAGAAGUUGGAUGUGAACCAAUACUACACAUGAGACAUUUCCAGACUACAAAAGAACUGCCAGAGAAGCUUGUCAAUCAGGUUCUAACAGGAAGCGGAUAUCGCUAGGCCGGAUGAAAAGCUGCUUCUUAUAAGUUGAUUUGAAGCCAAUAUGCAGAGAAGCCAGUCAUGAAAGUGGGUUCUAUAUUUGAGAGCAUUCUCCUAGAAAUGAAGAAUUUUCGUGUCAGCAUCUUGUAUAAUUUGUUAUGGACGUUUAUCUGUACUUGCUCUUUAGUAUAGCUUAUGUCAUUUUUCCCUUUUGCCUUUUUCUGUUUAUUUAUAAGAAUAAACAGGCAUAGAAAUCCAAAUUUAUAUCGGAUUCGUAUGCUGUUAUGGAUACAGGUGCAUCAAUGGGAGCAUCAUGUUUUCCUCUUUGGCCAAAGCUAAACCUGCCAACACCGGUGGUCAGCUAAAUAAAAUGGCAAUUCCAGAAUAUGUAACGAGAAAUUAUAUUGUGCUAUAUAUAAGUAAUAAUAAUAAUAAUAAAUGCACUUUGUGGGCACGCUUUAACUAA